AUAGAAUAUUCUUGUAUUGAAAUUAAUCAUGCAUAAUAACGGUAGUGGGACUGGCGUCCAACUCGGUAUUUUGUACAUAUUGUUCCAAAUUAUCAAUGUCGGACUGAACGAAAUUCCAUAUGUGACCUUAAUCACGAUCAUUGGACAAGUAUUAUUAUAUAUGAGAGUAGUGAAACUUCCAUGGACAAAUUACGAGGUUUGUGUGAACGUAUCAGCAAUUUUGGAAAAAAAAGAUUAUCGAAGAUUAAUAUUAGCAGUAUUUGAACAUGCCAACGAUAUGCAUUUAUACUACAACAUGAUGUCGUAUUUAAUCAAAGGAAAAUAUUUAGAAAAAAAAUACGGUAGUCGAAAUUUCCUGUUUCUGUUAUUAUUUCUAUCACUGGCAUCGACGAUCAUCGAUGUACUAUUAUGCUACGGAUUUUCAGUGUGGUUGAAAAGUCCAUACUUGAUGAACGCCUGCGGUAUAGGAUUUUCAGGUGUUUUGUACGCGUUUAAAGUGAUUAUUUAUAUGGAAACUGCCCAUCUACCUUGGGGUAUAAACGGACUUCCUAUUUCUUCGAAAUACAUCGCUUGGAUCGAAUUGAUCGUUUUUCAUAUUUUAACACCAGAUGCAUCGUUUAUCGGACAUUUAGCGGGGAUAUUGGCUGGAUUUUUAUAUACCAAUACGCCUAUCGGAUUUAUUUUUGAUUUCACUGUUUCAAAAAUAACUGGUAAAGUUGUACAGUCAUUUACAUUUUAUUACUUCCGUAGUAGAUUUAUUGCUCAAGAUUGGAUUUUUUUGCAGGUGAUCCUUUCGUACACAAUUAUCAUGAUUUUGUAGGAUGAUUUUUGUCGUGUUUUCAACGUGUUAUUUUGAUGUUGUGUCCGAAGUCGAGACAAUGAAUGGUAGUCUUAGCAGUGCUGAACGAAUACAUCAGUUUAAGUUUUUAUCUAGUAAUAUUUGUAAAAAUUUGUUUAUUGUGGUAAAUAUUAAAAAUUUGUUGACUGUAAAAUGUAAAAAUAGAUUUCGAUUUAAGAUCACAGAGAAAAAGCGUUCUAAUAAUUACCUAAUGAUAUACUUAUCACAGUACCAAAAAGGUAUUAAAAUAUACCAAUAUAAAUUUCAAAAAAAAUUAAAAAAAGUAGGUACAUACAAAGAAAAUAAUUACAACAAUUAGCUAUAGGUACAGAAAGCUUGUACUUAUAAAAUACUUGAGUAUGAUGUGGAUUUCAUAAAAUUGCAUAUUAAAAUGGCACAACAAUACCUAGACAAAGGUACAUAGAAAAUAUUAGUGGUGGGUAGAUAAGGUAGACGUACUCAAGCACUGAAAUAAUUGGUAGGUAAUAAAAACCUUAUGAAUAAAUU